CAAUUGCAAGCGUUGUCGGAUGCUGAUGCCUCCCCUGAAGAUGCCUCCAGUGGGAAAGCUUCAGGCGGCCAAUCGUCGCGCAAUCGGUGGAGUCGCUAUCUGUCGACCUCAUUGUCAGCGCAUGUUACUGCAUCAUUCCACAGGCAGCAAUAGAACGAAGCUAGCCAACUUCUAGAAUGCUACCUGUUGCGGACAUCAACUUUCUGAACGUGCGGUCUUCCCGAGUAGUGCCGUAACGCUUGGGGUACAUCGAUAAACUGCGGAACUUUCACAUGUAUAGGCCGCGAGGCAUCAUGUAAAUGAACCUUGAAACUCUAUGUCCUCAAAACCUUCGACCGCUUGUCAAACGUCCCCCAAGUUCGCACUUCAGCGCUACCAUAAUGAACAGAAAACAAAAACUCAUUGCAGUCACUGGACCUACAGGGACCGGGAAAACAUCAUUCAUCAACCUGGCAUCCGGAGCUUCGUUUAAAGUAGGAGAAGGCCUGCAGUCGUGCACUCAAACAGUGCAGGGCGCGCCAUGUUCGAUCGCUGGCGAGAACAUAGUAUUGAUCGACACGCCGGGCUUUGACGACACGCACAAGUCGCAAGCAGACGUGUUAAAAGACAUCGCCGAUUUCCUCGAGCAAACGUACCAACAGGGAGUCAAGCUAUCAGGAAUCAUUUAUAUGCAUCGCAUAUCCGAUGUUCGCAUGGGUGGUAUUGCCAGAGAGAAUUUCCGGCUUUUCACAAAGAUUUGCGGAAAAGGAGCUAUGAAGAACGUCGCCAUUGUUACAACCAUGUGGGAGGAUGUUUCUUCAGAAGUUGGCAUGACCAGAGAGCAAGAGCUCCGCAGCAAGCCGUUGUUCUUCAAAGACGCCGUCGACAAUGGGGCAUGUAUGAUGCGCCACUUCAACAAUGCGGACUCGGCGAUGACAGUCAUACUUUCACUUAUCGGCAUAUCACCAGAGGCUCUCCGGAUGCAAUGCGAGCUGGUCGAUGAACGUAUACCUCUCCCACAGACCGAAGCUGCUAUCGAGUUACGAUCUGAACUAGAGCAGAAAAUCCUUCGGUACAAAACGAAGCUAGACGAUUUGCGGAAAGAGAUGGAUGUAGCAGUAACACGAGAGAGGAUGCAACACGAGGAGGAUAUGGAGGAAAUGCGGGGAGAAUGCAGGAUGCUGAAGGCAAGGGUGGACGGAAUGCAGAACGAGCUGCAGAAGUUACGAGAGGACGAAUCACGGGGGCAAGCCACAUACUUCGCUGUCAAGGAGAGAAAAGCGUUUGGAUUUAUCUUUUGGCGUACCAAGUCCGUCAUCAAGAGGUACAGAAACGGGGCAGGGUGUCUCGAUGACAGUGGUUUCAUUGUUUGAUUCCAGGUUGCGAAGACAGCACACUCUAUGCAUCGAGAAUAUGUCUAUGAAACAUUUCCAAACCUUUCAGCACCUCUCAUGUCCGGCGCACGCACGAAAUCCAUUUCACCAUCGACUAUCUUUGGCCGUCGAGCGUGAGCGAUGUCGAGUCGCAUGUCAGCACAAAGUUCUGUCAGUUCCGGAUGCCUGGCCGCAUAUACUAAAGUCCUAGCGCAUGACUGAAAUUGACAUAGCGAUUGCCUCCUGCCAUUUAAUGAGAUUUUGUAUAGCGCACGAGAAACGUUGAAGAAUGA